AUUUGUGUGUCAUUUAGUCCUGUGCUUGGUAGUCACUUGACCCAGUUGGAGGUCCGGAGCAUUUCGUGGACCAGCCUAGCCUUCAUUUUAAUGUGCCAAUAUAUCUUUGGGCCAAGGAUAUACACAUAGCUAAAUGAGCAAGGAGUGGCCUCCGUUCUGAAGCCUCGAACAUAAUUUGUAAGACUGCUGCUGCUGCUGAUGUGAUGUGAUGCCAGUGUUGUGACCGCCGCUUGGGCAAAUCGGGGAAUCCGAAAUCCACAAACGGAAAUUAUAUAAUGUGCUUGAUUCAUAUUUAAAGUGUUGAAUACCGGGGAAAUCCAAACAGAAAACCGCCUGCACAAUGUUCUCCUGCUGUCGAUCGAAUCCCAAGGCGGGCAAGAAGGAGAAGGAUAAAAAGGGCGAGGAGCACGAAGAGCAGGCCAACGAAAAGGGGGAGUCCCAGCCAAAUGGAAAGUCGGAAGUGCAGAAGGAGUCACCAAACGAGGAUCCAAAGAAUCCUGACACAAAACCAGAAAAGGAGACCAGCCGAGCGGAUAAUCCAGCAGAUGAAGGCACCCAGGAAAACAUUGCCCAACCAACCCAGUCUGAAGCGGCUAAUAAAUCACCACCAAGUCAAGCACCAGCACCCGUUGCAGUUGCAGAUUCAACUUUAAGGCCAGAUUCCGCACCCAAAGAAACGGAGUCGUUGGCCCGCUCAACGCACUCUUCCACAUCCACGGCACCGCCCGCCUCGAUGACCAGCGCCGAUGCCGAGGAACCGGAUGAGGUGGUGGUGGCAGCAGUUACUCCGACCACACCGCCACCCCAACCACCGCCCACCAAGAGCUGCCUCUCCAGACACAACUCCACACAUCAAUCAAUUAAGAAGAAGGUGAACAUCAGCAACCGGGCGGAGAUCAUUGAGCCGGAUCCGGUGCCGCUGCUUCUGCUGGCCAGCCACAACCAGGGCUCCCUGCUGGACGACGACGAGGUGUUCUCCGACUCACUGCCUCCGCCGAAGAGGGAGAGCAUGUGUGCGCCGUACAUCGAGGGGGAUGUCGUUUCGGAGACAGUGUUCUUUGCCCACGGACUGCCCUCCUGGUUCGAUGACGAGCGACUCAAUGAGCUCGGCUGCAUCGAGCCACCGGUCACGCCGGUGGGACGCGACGAGCUGGAACUGAAGCGCCAGCGACUCUACACAGAGCUCCUGCGGGCUGCUCACGCGGCUGUGGAGCACAGCGUGGCCGUGCGGGAUAACGAGCCGGAAGCCAAGCCCACGGCUGCUGCGGAGCACUUGGAGAGCAUUUGCGAGCGACUCGACCGACUUGUCGACCGAUUGGAAAGGACUUUAACAGCGCCACAGCCCAUUGAACUGCCCACGCCCACUCUUCCGCCCCCGCCAACCGAAGAAGAAGUUGAAGGAGCUCUUCCAGAGAAACCAGAAACACCACCACCACCUCCACCGCCGCCCAGCAGCAACAUGAGUGUCGCCGGAUUCGAGGACAUUGUGGCGGGUCCGCUGAGCCAAUAUCUGACCCUCUCCGCUAAAAUUGGCGGUGAUGUGGCCCAGCAUGCGGAGCUCGUCAAGAGCGCCUUUGGCUUCCAACUGCAGUACGUGACGCUGGCCACUCAGAUUGCCCAGCCGGCGCAGCCCAAACAGGCGGAGCUCCUGAAGCCGACCUCGACGCAGAUCAGCGCCAUCCAGGACUUCCGCGAGAAGCACCGCUCCUCGGCCUUCUUCAACCACCUGUCGGCCAUCAGCGAGAGCAUUCCCGCCCUGGGUUGGGUGUGCGUGGAGAAGACUCCGGGGCCGUAUGUCAAGGAGAUGAACGACGCCGGCCAGUUCUACACGAACCGCGUGCUGAAGGAGUGGAAGGAGAAGGACGUGACGCACGUGGAGUGGGCCCGCGCCUGGGUGCAGACCCUGACCGAGCUGCAGGCCUACAUCCGGCAGUACCACACCACGGGUUUGGUAUGGUCCGGCAAGGGAGCCGCUCCCGCCGGCGGUGCCCCGCCACCACCACCACCUGGUGGUCUGCCCCCACCGCCACCGAUGCUCGAUCUGAGUGCCCUCAAGCUGGACAGCGCCGGAGAUGAUCGCAGCGCCCUGUUCGCCCAGAUCAACCAGGGUGCCGACAUCACCAAGGGCUUGAAGAAGGUCACCGGGGACAUGCAGACCCACAAGAACCCCUCUCUGCGUACAGGACCGGCUCCCUUCAAAUCGCCCGCCCAAUUGGGUGGCAACAAAGCUGCGCCCGCUCCACCGACUGCUGCGAACAAGCCGCCCGUUUUCGAGCGCGAUGGCAAGAAGUGGAUCAUCGAGUACCAGAAGAACAACACUGGCCUGGUGGUAGAGAAUGCCGAGAUGAACAAUGUGGUGUAUGUGUUCCGCUGCGAGGGAUCCACGCUGACCGUCAAGGGCAAGGUGAAUAACAUCGUGUUCGACUCGUGCAAGAAGUGCUCGUUGCUGUUCGACUCUGUCGUGGCCUCCGUGGAGUUUGUCAACUGCCAGAGCGUCCAGAUGCAAGUUCUGGGCUCAGUGCCGACGGUUUCGAUCGACAAGACCGAUGGCUGCCAGAUGUAUCUGUCUAAGGACUCGCUCGGCGUGGAGAUUGUCAACUCCAAGUCUUCGGAGAUGAACAUCCUCUUGCCCGAUGCCUCCGGCGAUUAUACCGAGUUGGCUUUACCGGAGCAGUAUAAGACCACGAUUGCCGGCAAGACCCUCAAGACUGUUUGCGUCGACAGCCUGGGCUAAUGUGGAACUCCACCAGGGGAUCCAAUCCAUUGCUUUUCCAACUGUCAUCGGCAAGAAGCAUGCAUUAGCCAGACAGCAAUCAUAAUUGUAUUUAAUGUUAAGUGCAAAGUUUUCGUAAUUCUGAGAUUUUUGGAUCAAACUUUUCGUAAUGGAGAGACGAUGUUGCCAAACUUUGCUAUCCUGGCUAGUGGAAAGUAUUUAUAUAAUUUAUUUCGACGGAAAAGCGAUGGUCACAAAACCGAACCCAAUGUAUUUAUAUCGAGAGUAUGUGUAAUGAAACUGUGCACGAAAUUCGAACUUUUUAAGCAGACUCUUUACUCGAUCAUCAGAAGGAACUCUUUUUAUAUUCUAUUUAAAUAAAAUUUAAACAUUUUUUAUCAGA